AUGGGGGCAGCGGCCACGCUCACCUCAGCCCACCGCUCACCUGUGAAGGACAGCGGCCCGUCAGGCACCUCUGCCACCGCUCCUCACGGAGAAACUACACAGGAGCUGAAGAUGAUUCAGCCUCAGAAGUCUGUUUCUGUGGCUGCUGGAGAUUCAGUCACUCUGAACUGCACUAUGACCUCAGUGUAUCCUAUGGGGCCCAUUAAGUGGUUCAAGGGUACAGGGCAGAGUCGGCACCUAAUAUAUAGUUUUACGGGAGAUAAGUUCCCUAGAAUUACAACUGCUGCAGAUGUUACAGAGAGUAAAACCGUGGACUUUUCCAUCCACAUCAGUGAUGUCACACCUGGUGGUGCUGGCGUCUACUACUGUGUGAAGUUCAGCAGAGCAGAAGCUGAAAAGGAGCUUCAGUCUGGGGGAGGCACAGUGUUGUCUGUGCUUGCUAAACCAUCUCCUCCUGUAAUCUGAGGUCCAGCAGUUAGAUCCGUACCAGUGGAGACAGUGAGCUUCCCAUGCAAGUCCAGUGGCUUCUUCCCUCAGAACAUCACACUGAAGUGGUUCAAAGACAGAAAUGAGCUCUCUAAUUUCCAAAGGAGAAAGCACCUCCUACAAUAUCUCUUCUCAAGCACAGUCCAAGUAAUGCUGGGCACUGGGGAUAUACACUCUCAAAUUACCUGUGAGGUGUCCCAUGUCACCUUGCGAGGAAAUCCUCUCUAUAGGACUGCCAACUUCUCUGAUGUCAUCCGAGUUGCACCCGCUGUGGAGAUCAGCCAGCAACCAUCCCUUACACGGAAGCAGAUAAAUGUCACCUGCCAGGUGAAUAAGUUCUACCCUUCGAGUAUUCAGUUGAUUUGGUUAGAAAAUGGAAAUACAUCAAGAAUAAAAGAGCCUUGGUUAGAGAAUGGCAAUGCAUUAAAGAUAGAAGAGCCUUCUAUACUCACAGCAAACAAGGAUGGAACCUACAACUGGACCAGCUGGUUCUUGGUGAACAAAUAUACAUAUGAGGAGGACCUGGAACUCACCUGCCUGGUGGAGCAUGAUGGACAGCCACCAGCCAUUAAAAACCAUACUGUGGUGGUCUGUGCACAGCAGAGGGAGGAAGAAAAAAUUGUAAAGUGUAUGGAGUCAGAAAACGUAACAGCCACUUCAGAAUUCAUCCUUUUGGGACUUUCAAAAGAAAAUUACAUACAACCACUUAUAUUUGGGCUGUUCCUGUUCAUUUACUUAGUAUGCAUCAUUGGGAACCUGCUCAUCAUCCUGGCCAUUGGCUCUGACUUCCAUCUCUGGAAUCCAAUGUAUUUCUUCCUCUGUAACCUGUCUUUCACAGACAUUGUUUUAUCUUCACCAUGGUUCCCAGAUGUUAGUGAACAUUCAAGCACAGACUAA